CUGUCUGAGUCUCCCCCAGGUUGCUCCGAAGGUGCUUUUUCUCGGUUAGACACCGAGUUGACUCAAAGGCAGAGCAAUGGGAGGCCAAACUCUUUUCUGUUAUCUUCUAAGACGCAGGGCCUGCCUCUCUGUCCUCUGAGACACGGCCUGCAGAUAGGGACAGCGGAGGAUGCCGCCGACACCUUCUCAGCUAAGAGGCGCGAACUCGCUGCACAGGUGGGCGGCCAGCCACCUGUUGAUGUCUCCCCAGUUUCAGGCCAGGCCAUCUGUGUUUGAAUCUGAGCAUCGCUGGCUAAAAAUUCGUCACUCUUCGUGAAGGUUACCUAGCAUCCUGGGCCACACAGACAAUGUGGGAUGGAGGUGCCAGAACUCAACUGCCCUGCCUCACCUGCCAGGGAUCAGCCAGCUCUUGCCCCUGGGACUCCAGGGGCCCCAGGUCAGCAGGCCUCACCACACCUGACUCUGGGCCCCAUCAUUCUGCCGCCAGAGCAGAGCCUGGCACCCACUGUGUUCCUGAAGGCACUGCCCAUCCCACUGUACCACACAGUGCCUCCUGGGGGUCUCCAGCCACGUGCCCCCCUGGUGACGGGCGGUGUGGAUGGGGGCAGCGUACCCUUCAUCCUCAGCCCUCUGCUGCAGCCUGAAGGCCCUGGCCCUGCCCAGGUCGGGAAGCCAGUGACCCCAACGGUCACUGUGAACAUCGUGGGCACUCUCCCUGUCCUGUCACCGGGGCCCACGCUGGGCAGUCCCGGGAAGGCACGUAAAGCCGGCAAGUACCUGUGCCCACACUGCGGCCGGGACUGCCUGAAACCCAGUGUGCUGGAGAAGCACGUUCGGUCCCACACCGGAGAGAGGCCCUUCCCGUGUGCCACCUGCGGCAUCGCCUUCAAGACCCAGAGCAACCUGUACAAGCACAGGCGCACCCAGACCCACCUCAACAACUCCCGGCUGUCUGUGGGGUCCGACGGUGCGGGGGGCAGCCUCCUGGAGGAGGGCGACAAGGCCGCGGAGACCCCCGGAGCAGCCGGCAGGGGGGACAGCGGGAGCAUUGGUGGGGGUGAUGGGGCUCGGUCAGAGAGACCCCUUUCUCCAGGUGUCCAGGGUUCCGGGAACUGCCCGGUACCCCCCAUGCAUCUGCCCCCAAUUGCCAAGAACCUAGAUCUGCAGGCAGAAGCUCUUUUCUGUCCAGCGUCCACACUGGCUGACAGAGAGGCCCCUCUGGACACUACCCACGCAGCUCCCGUUGGGAUCCCCUUGGCCAGCUCUCAGCGGGGGCGCAGGCCACCGGGGCAGAAGUCUCCGACAGCGGGCAGGGCGUGCUCCCGGCAGGACACCCGGGCCUCGGAGAGCCGGCUGAGGAAGUGUGAGAGCACCGACUCGGGCUACCUGUCCCGCUCGGACAGCUCGGAGCAGCCGCCGGCCCCAGGCAGCCCCCCGCACAGCCUGUCGGAUCACAGUGUGGAGUCCGAGAGGGAGGGCGCCCCACGGCCUGGGGGGGCCAGGGCUGAGCCGGGAGGGCAGGAGCCCAGCCUGGAGCGGGAGAAGCGGCAGCUGGAGGAACGCAUCGCCCGGCUCAUCUCCCACAACCAGGCCGUGGUGGACGAUCCCCAGCUGGACCACGUGCGGCCCCGCAAGACCGUCCUGUCCAAGCAGGGCAGCAUCGACCUGCCCGUGCCCUAUACCUACAAGGACUCCUUCCACUUCGAGAUCCGGGCACUGGGGCCGGGACGCAGGAGGCACGGGGCCCUGUGCCCCGCCCGCUCCACCUGCGUGGCCUCUGACAGGGCGCGGCCCCUCCUCUUCCACUCUGUCCCCACUCAGCUCUCCACCACCGUGGAAUGCGUGCCUGUCACCAGGAGCCACUCGCUGCCCUUCGUCGAGGGCACCAGGACGCGGCAGGAGCCGCUGGACCCCCAGGACGCCCGUCCCGGGAGGCGGGGGCCUCUGAGCCCCAGGUCUGUCCCCGCCCGACUCGGGGAGGUCCCGGGCAGCCACCCCCGGGCCCUGGUCAGACAGGCUGCGGUGGAGGACCUGCCGGGUCCUGCCACUGGAGACGCCGAGGCCCCCGCAGAGGGCCAGGAUGGAAAGCGAGCUGCAGCCGGGGAGGGGCCGGCGGGCAAGGGCAAGGCGGCCGCGAGGAGGCCCAGGCCGUUCUCCCAGGAGAAGUGGCAGGUGUACGGCUGCGAGACGUUCCAGAGGCUCUACCAGAAGAGCGGCCGCCCGCGAGGCAGGAGGCCCAGGGAGGCAGGCGCGGGCUGGGGCGCAGAGCCGGACCUGCCUGUGCUGGAGGAGGCGGUGGGGGGCGAGGGCGCAGCCCCUUCUCAGGAUGGGAGGACCCCUGCUUGUGGGGACACUUCUGUGGGGGCCAGGCCAGGGCCUGGGGAAAGUCCACCAGCCGCAGGAGGCUUCUUGGUGACCAAGCCCCCCAAGCAGAGGGAGCCAGUGGCCAGAGCAAGAGGCGGUGAAGGGCCGGGGGCGGGCAGGGCCCCGUCACCUUCCGCCCUCAGCAUCCAGGAACCCUGGUGUCUGGGCAGCACGAGCCUUGUGCUUCCUCCAAAUGGGAGGCCGGAGCUGGGGUGUCAGCUGCCCCCCAUCCCUGGUCCCCUCAAAGGUGGGGACCUGGAGGCUCCCAGCCUGGUUUUGCCAGACCCCAAGCUGGAAGAAGGCCCCAGAAGUGGCGGGAACAUCCAGGGGCCCAGGCAGCAGGCCCUCCUGGUCCCGACACGGCCCAGCGGGAGCUCUGGGGAGCCCCAGCCUGCAGGGGACAAGCUGCCCUCGGAGAGGAAGAAGCUGCGGGUAGAGCAGCUGAGCUGCCCAGAGCAGCUGGGGUCUCUGGGAGUGAGAGACCAGGCCCCUGAGGGCCCAGCGCAGGACAGCUCCCCACCCUCCUUGAACCAGGACAGUGACUCUGGGGACAGGCUGCACACGAGUGCCGACGGCAGGGGGGCCUCCGGUACAUCUUUCUCUGCGCCCUUGGUGGCCCUGCGACCGGCGGGGCCCGGGCCCGAGGCGCCUAUGUGUGGUCCUGCCGCUGGAGCCCCCGGGGGGACCACCUCCCAGCCUGCCCAGCCUUCAGACACCACCUUCCCCCCCAAGUACCUGCUCAGGCUACCGCAGGGAGAGAGCCCGCAGCCGCCGGCUGGUGCCCCGGAGCGCAGCCAGGGCCCUCUCUGCAGGAGCGGGCUGCCCCAGGACCGGGCCUCCUCUGCUGGGCCAGGGCUGGGGACCCGCCCAGCCCCCCGCCUGGCCUCAGGUAGAGCCGACAACUUCGGGGAGGACUCCAGCUGGCCCAGGCUGUGGGGCAGGAGAAAGGAGGUACCAGGAGAAGAGAAAGGAGAUUUGGACACCAGCACCCCCGCGGCCGGGGAGUCUCCGGGCUGGAGUGUUGGGGCCCCCAGGGAGACAGCCUCUGCCCUGCCCACCCCGCCUUGUGACCCCGGGAGGAGUGAGACCCGAGACGCUGGACAGCUCUGUGUGGGCAGCAUGUGGGCAAGGCGCAGGCCCUCUGGGGGUGUCCUGGGUCCCUGGACACUCAGCAGGGAAGUGGUGGGGCCUCCAGGGCCCCUGGCGGGGCACCGUCCCUGCUGCCCCUUCGAGCCCAGCUCCGUCCUCCCGGCCCCCCCGCCCUCGGGCUGCCCUGAGCUGGCCUGGAGCAGGACCUCUGAGAGCUCGGGCCUCUGCGGGCCCCAGGGCCCCUUCCCCUUGUUGCGGGCCGAGCCCCAGCUCACCUGGUGCUGCUUGAGCGGCAGCCUGCCUCUGCCCACGGAGCAGAAGGAGAAGGCCACGUCCGCGUACUGGGCGCUGCACUGCCCUGGGAGCGGUGCCCCAGCCCAGGCUGCAGAUGUCCGGCCGGUGAGCAAGGCAGAGUCGGUACGACGGACUGGGACCAGCCCUGCAGGAGGAGGGGAGACGCAGCCAUGGAAGCUCUCCUGCCCAACAGCCCCAGGGAUGACAUCCGGGGACCCGCGGUCUGAGCCGGGCUGGACGAGGGGACCACCUCGGAGAAGGGCGAAGAUGUGCCGGGGGAGCCGCAAGCAGAAAGCACUGAGAAGGUACAGAGGGAGUUUCUUGCAGGGUCGAGUUCGACUCAGAGCGAGUAGACUACGCAAGCCACUCUGGGUGCUGAGAAGAGACUGCCACCCUCCCCCACUCGAGGGGCUGGACACACGCAGGACCCUAGGGCAGGCUUCUUCCGAAAUGGCAGGGCUAAGUCUGCAAGGGGAGUCAUCUUGUGCCGCCCCAGCAUCGCCUCUUGGUUGUGGGGACAGAGAGAAGGAGGAGACCUGGAGCCCAACCUCAGGAGGCAGCUCUCCCAGCACAAGGCCAAGAGCUGUGAGGGACAGAGACACCUGGACCGUGCAGGACAUCAUUCCCUCUGCCAGUGAGUGUGGUGACCGUUGUCCUCAGAACGCCGCAGUGGGGUCAGGACUGGCCCUGCCACCCGACUCCCACAUGCACAUGGGUGACCACAGCCUUCCCUCCCGUGGCAAAGGUCUCGACCCGGGGAUGCCUGAGACUCAGCGGCUACCUUCCCAGGAGCCAGUCUUGGCAGGUCCCAAACCACGCGCUUUCUCAGAUGCUCAGGAGCCUUUAGCCUUUGAGUCCAAAGGAAGCUCUCCCCGCCAUGACGCUGCUACCUCUGUGGCUGCCAUUGGUACUUCUCUGGGGACAGGAGGAGGUCACACCACCCGGGGAGCUCCCAGUGCAGAGCCACAAGGCCAUGGCCAGGCUGCAGGGGAGACUCAGACACAGAGCUCCCCGGACAGCAAAGCUCUGGCCCAGGGCCUGUCUCCGUCACUCUGGCCAGGGAAGCCUUCACCGGGGCGAAGACUUUCAGGUUCGGUCCCAUCGAGGUCACCUGGGAAAGCUCAUCCUGACAUGCCAACCUCAGGGCCAGGAUCAGCUAGUUCACAGCAAGAGGAAGGGAGGCCCGAGGUGCGCUGCCCCCCUGGGGGGCAGGAAGAAGUCGCUCACCCGCCGGGGUGUGCUUUAGAGUGCGGGGAAGUGCUGGCCCCCGGCCCUCCUGCAGGAAAGGACACUGAGGAAACUCCAGAAUCCGGACUAAUGGCUCUGAAGGAUGGUGUGGUUCCCUCAACACCAGGGCAGCCUGCGGGUGCCCAGGAAGCCUCUUCGAAAACCAUCAAGAAGAGGAGUUUGGGAGGAAUGAGGAAGCAGACGCGAGUGGAGUUCAGUGACACCAGCAGCGACGACGAAGACCGGCUGGUGAUAGAGAUCUGACGCUCCCGGGUAGAGGGCGUCUGCGGUCCGACACUGGCCACGCUGCCGUGAAUGCCGUCUGCUGGCGGACUCCCGGGCCCUUGUCAUGAAGCACCUAACGAUUGGGAAAGCCAUUUUGGGUUUUUUCCAAGUCAUCUCCAACCAACUCCAAACCCCUGACUCAGCCUCACCCUUCCCAGACACCCUGGGCACACCCCGCUGGUGUCCGCAGGUGCCAGGAAGGGCAAAGGUGGCCGUGACCGCUUGGCACACGCAACUGUGGCUGGACUCCCAGGUACGCUCUGCCUCAGUCCUCACUGCCCCCUCCGUAAAAUGGCACUAGCCACGGAAACCACGUUUACCAACAAGUUCACCCCACAGAGUCAAGGCAACGAUGUCCUCAUUAGCAACUGGGGGUAAGCACCGGGGGGUGGGGGGGUUUGAACUAAGGGGUGAAUUGGGCACCAAGUUACUUCUGUUCAUUCUGGAGACAAAAUUCAGAUUCAUUAAAAAACUGAAGUUUGGUCAGAAUAAUUCUCCUCCUCCUCGGAAGUUGUAAAUAUACUUCAAAAUGCGUGACCUGGUGAAAUGCUGAUUAUUUCUCCGUGUCGCUCAGUGGCUAAUGUUUAUGUAUGAGUCAGCGACACAAGCAUGUACUGUCUGGUGCCUGGUGCCUUUUCUGUCAAGACCUCUGAAACUCUUGGUUUUUCCAACUCUUGCAAAGGAACGUUGUAUUGAAAGUUAAUAGAACCGUCUCUGUAAUGAGUCCUUGAGGGGGGAAACCCACCUAUUUCCCUCUGAUUCUCUGUGUCAUACUGUGCGCUGAGCACUUUCAAUUAGAGGGUUACAUUUAG